CUCUGCCACGCUUUUCUUUCUGUUUCUCGGCUUCUUUUAAAGUGCUUGCAGCGACCGUCAAGAGGCGCUCUUCCAUGGGACACAAAUUUAGUUGUUCACAACAUUAGCAGUCUUGCUCUGCUUCGAGAGGGCUUCGAAAACGGCGGAGUUAAAAAGCGAACUAAGCGCCCUGCUUCUCUUCUCGGGAGACUAGCAGCUCGAACGGCGUACUUCAGCACCUUUGUGCACUUCGCUAGCGCCCACUCCCCUCCCCCCUUUUUAUGACCAUCGGCGUCGCAGCAAGAACAGGAUGCAUUGGAAAAGAACGGAGUAACCCUUCUUCUCGUUCCGACCAAUCGGUAGGGCGACUCGCUGAUACAUGCUAUCGGCCGACAAGGGUGACAAUCGACCUGGAUCGCCUUGUCGACAAUGUCGUGGCGCUGCGACAGAAUGCAAACGUUCGUUCCUUCGCUGCCGUCCUUAAGGCCGACGCAUACGGGCACGGAGCCGUGGCAGUGGGUCGAAAGCUGUGCCAGAGCGGUGUUGUCGACGCCUUUGUUGUUGCCCUCGUCGAAGAAGGCAUCGAGCUUCGGCAGUCCGGCAUCACUCUACCUAUUCUUGUCGCUGCUGGCAAUUAUGCGGGCAAAGCUUACGUUGACGUCAUUGCACACCAGCUCACGCCCAUCGUUGGCAGCAUCGAAGACCUCCAUGGCUUCUCUGACGCAGCGAGUACGCUCGGCGUUGAUCGCGUUGCUGUCCACCUGGAAUUCGAUGUAGGGAUGGCCAGACUGGGUUUUCAGGUCGAGUCGCUCUCUCAGCUUCGGAUGGCUGUCGAGGGCUUGGACCGAGUCGUCAUUGCCGGUAUGAUGGGACAUCCUUCGCACGCUGAACUCCCUGAUGCGAUACGUACAUCAGAACAAGAGACUCUUCUUACCAGUAUUUGUGACGUCGUAGUCCCAAAUCGAUCGGUCAAGGACUGUCCCAGCGGCCUGAUGGUUCACAUGGCCAACAGCAGUGCUCUGACGACCAGCCAUCGACAAGACACCUUCGAGCUCGCCCGCAUCGGCCUUGCCAUCUUUGGAAUACAGCCCGUCCCCUCCCUGCCUUUGAAAGGCAUAAAGCCCAUUCUCGAGUGGACCGCCGAUGUGGUAGCGCUGCGCACCAUUGCAAAGGGCCAAACGGUGGGCUACGAUGGCAAAUGGACAGCUCAGAGGACGAGCAGGAUCGCGACCUUGGCUGUCGGCUACGCAGAUGGGUAUCCUCGCAGCUUCUCGAAUCGCGCAGAAGUCCUCAUAGAAGGCAAUCGCGCUCGCGUCGUGGGUGCAAUCUGCAUGGACUACACCAUGAUCGACAUCACGGACAUACCUGCAGCAGACCGCAUUGGCGCACGGGCAACCCUUCUUGGACAAGGUCCCAAAGCGCCAGACGUCACAGAGCUGGCCCUCUGGGCCGAAUCGAUUUCCUGGGAGAUCCUGUCUCGAAUCGGAUCCAGAGUUCCGCGCUUUUAUCUCGGAGCACAAUGAGGGCCCAUGACACUCACCUCGAACAUUUACUACCGUCUCUUCUCAUAGCUUGGCAAGCCCAAUAGCUCUUUCGAUCAUAUCACCUUCUCCUCUAGCCUCCUCCUCCUCCUAACAUUACCCUAAGCAAUGCCCUAAUCGUAAGCACCAACCUUCAAUCGAUGCAACUCCACCAGAGACAUUUAGCAAAGCCUUGGACCAGAACGAAUG